GCCGCCGCAAUCGACGGUUGUGAUGUCAUCUUCGUACGAAGUUGUUAUGAGUACGAAGCAGAGUGGUUGGAACUUAUGCAGAAUCUUUACCGGAAACCGGUUAUACCGGUGGGAGUUUUACCUCCAAAACCGGAAGAAGAGUUUAAAGAUACUGAGACGUGGCUGUUUAUUAAAAAGUGGUUAGACUCGCAGAGAACUAACUCUGUUGUCUACGUAGACUCGCCGUGGACCCGUGGUCCAUGGGAUACUGAACCGGUUGAGCUUCCGGAAGGAUUCGAAGAGCCUAUACGGUUUGCUAAACCGAUGGUGAUGCUGGCUUUUGUGUAUGACCAAGGAUUUUAUGCGAGAGUACUCGAGGAGAAGAAAUUUGGGUAUAUGAUCCCUCGGGAUGAGACAGAAGGUUUCUUCACUAAAGAAAAUGUUGCGAAAUCGUUGAGAUUGGUAAUGGAGGAAGAAGAAGGUAAGGUCUAUAGAGAGAAUGUGAAGGAUAUGAAAGGAGUACUGUUUGGAGAUUUGGAUAGACAAGAUCGUUACGUUGAUUCUUUCUUGGAUUUUCUCGUUGCUCAUCGUUAGCUUCGACCGUUGAGCUGUCUUGAUCCGAUAUGUUAGGUGGUCAAUUAAAUGAACUUUUAAUAAUUGU